UAAUCGGAGAAAGUUCGUAGCAGUCGCCAGCAUGUUCCGCGCGGUUUGCUUUUGUUCCUUGUUGUUCGCAACUACUCUCGUCUAUGGCGAGAUCAAAAACAAAGGAUGGUGGAAGAAUGCCGUAUUUUAUCAAAUCUAUCCACGGAGUUUUAUGGAUUCCGAUGGUGAUGGAAUCGGUGAUCUAAAAGGGAUUACGUCAAAACUGGAAUAUUUCAUCGACGCUGGAGUUCGAGGAAUAUGGCUUUCACCUAUUUAUGCGAGUCCAAUGAUAGAUUUUGGUUACGACAUAUCAGAUUUCAAAGCCAUACAUCCAGAGUUUGGUACCAUGCAGGAUUUCGAGACAUUGGUAGCCACAUCGAAAAAACUUGGAUUAAAAGUAAUUCUUGAUCUCGUACCAAAUCAUACAUCCGACAAGCACGAGUGGUUCCAAAAGUACCUCGCCGGAGAGAAAAAAUAUAAGGAUUAUUAUAUUUGGAGAAAGGGCCGAAAGGAUGAUGGAGUGACACCACCGAACAACUGGAUCAGUGUGUUCAGUGGCCCUGCAUGGACGUACAAUGCAACCUUGAAGGAAUGGUAUUUCCAUCAAUUCGAGUACAGGCAACCAGACUUAAAUUACAGUCAUCCAGAAGUGCGAUCCGAGAUGGAAGACGUCAUUCGCUUUUGGUUACGUAAAGGCGUAGACGGUUUUCGAAUAGAUGCCGUUCCUCAUCUUUUCGAAAUAGAAGAUCUCCGUGAUGAACCCAGAAGUUCGGAUCCUAGUGCUACCGAUCGUGAUUACACUUAUUUGAACCACAUUUAUACCAAAGAUGAUCCACGAACCUAUGAACUCGUACAAAGCUGGAGAAACAUUCUCGACGAUUAUUCCGAUGCCAAUAACGAGGAUGAGAAGGUGAUGAUGACCGAAGCUUAUACUUCUCUAGAAAAUACGACGAAAUUUUACAAUUAUGGUUCUCACAUACCAUUCAAUUUCAAACUAAUCACCGACGUUAAUCACUAUUCGAGCGCUUCCGAUUUUAAGAGAAUUAUUGAGACAUGGAUGGCUCAUACUCCAAGUACUGGAAGUGCUAAUUGGGUGUUGGGAAAUCACGAUCGAAGUCGUACCGCAUCACGUUAUCCACUAAGGGAUAAUCAAAUGACAAUGCUACCAAUGAUCUUGCCUGGUGUUGCUGUAACUUAUUACGGAGAAGAAAUCGGAAUGGUUGACAAGAGUGACAUUUCUUGGGAGGACACGCAAGAUCCACAGGCUUGUAAUGCAGGAAAGGAUAAAUAUCAAAGUCGAUCUCGCGAUCCAAAUCGCACACCUUUCCAGUGGGACUAUACUAAAAAUGCGGGAUUCAGCAAUGGUAAUCGAACGUGGCUUCCGGUUCAUGAAAAUUAUAAAACGUUGAAUUUGUUGGAUCAAAUGAACGGUACACAACAGUCACUUUAUAAGAUAUAUCGAUCUUUGAUUCGAUUACGGAACACAUCUCGCGCACUUCAACAAGGUGAUUUGAAAAUGAAGGUGUUAAAGUUCUACACGGAUUAUUGUUACAACUGCGAAUUGUUAUCUAUCAGCCGAGAAGUUCCCGGGGAGACAGUGUCUCUCCUAAUGAGUUUUUCUCCUGCUGUACAACUUCCCAUACAUUUGAAAGAUGUCAUGACUCUGUACAAUCAUACCUAUAUUGAAAUUGAUGCCUAUUAUACGAAGAGAUAUAAAUUUGAUUCCGAUAUUGCAUACAUAAAUCCUUGGGCAGGAUACGUCAUAUCGUCUAGUGAUCAGAUUUAAUAUCGUCAAAUAUCAGUAGGAUUUGAAGAAAUGUGGAAGGAUUUUUAUAAAUAUGAAUUUUUUUCAAUGGCACAAUAUUUUUUACGUAAAAUUUGUUCGAUCCAGGCUAAGGAAGAAAUCUAUCUACUUAAGUGUAACACUUUUAUGGUGGAAAUUUUGUCUCUUAACAAAAUUGCAUAACUUUUAUUUGUAUAUUUUAUAUUAGUUGUUCUAACAUAACGAAUACAUUUGAAAUCCUAUUUUUUAAAUAUAUUAUUGAAUCAAUAUUUUA